CCUCCAGCCGGCUGUGAGGCGGCGAGGGAUGUGAGUCGUCCUUCCAGUGUGCGCGCCUCCAUCAUGGCCCUCAACAUCCCCGGCGUGAGCGUCAUGAUGCUCUUCUACCUGCUGGUCCUCGCCAUCGGCGUCUGGGCCUCCAUCAAGUCCAAGCGCGAAGCCAAGAAGGGCCGGGGGGACCAGACGGAGAUGGCCCUGCUGGGGAACCGCGGCAUCAACCUGGCGGUGGGCAUCUUUACCAUGACAGCCACGUGGGUCGGAGGAGGGUUCAUCGUGGGCACCGCGGAGGCCGUGUACAACCCGUCCAUGGGACUCAUCUGGGCCGUCAUGCCAGUGACGGCCACCAUGUGUUUCAUCUUUGGAGGUGUGUUCUUUGCUGAGCCCAUGAGAAACAACAAGUACGUGACCAUGAUGGACCCCUUCCAGAUCAAAUAUGGAAAAGUGGCCACGGCCACGCUGUCGCUGGCCUGCCUCGUAUCGGAGAUUAUGUGGGUGACAGGAACACUGAUAGGAUUAGGCGUCACCAUGAGCGUGAUCCUGGAUCUGUCGUACACGGUGAGCAUCUGGAUCUCGGCCGCCGUGGCCAUCACGUACACGCUGCUCGGCGGCCUCUACUCGGUGGCCUACACGGACAUCAUCCAGCUCGUCCUCAUAUUCAUCAGCCUGUGGAUGUGUGUUCCCUUUGCGCUGAUGAGCCCGGCGGUGUCGGACAUCACCCAGACGGCCUACAACAACACCUUUCAGCCACCGUGGGUGGGUUCCUUGGAGAAGGACCGAGUCUGGCGGUGGAUUGAUAACUUCUUGAUCCUGGGUUUGGGGAACUUGGGGCUUCAGAACUUCCACCAGAGGACGCUGUCCGCCGCCUCCUCCUCCACUGCCAAGAUCACUUGCUUCGCCGCAGCCUUCAUCGUUCCCACGCUGGGAAUUCCUCCCAUCCUGCUGGGUGCAGCGGCUGCAUCAACAGACUGGAACUUGACCUCUUACGGUUCUCCGUCUCCGUUUGAGCGAGGGCAAACGGGUCUGGUUCUGCCCAUCGUCCUGCAGCAUCUCACCCCGCCCUACAUUUCUAUCGUUGGCAUCGGCGCCGUGGCUGCCGCUGUGAUGUCCUCCACUGACUCCGCCUUGCUGUCAGCAGCCUCCAUCUUCACCUCCAACAUCUACAAGAACAUCCUGAGGACGCAGGCAUCCCAGCAGGAGAUCCAGUGGGUGAUCCGGGCGUCUGUGGUGGUGGUGGGCCUGGCCGGAACGUCUCUCACUUUUCUGGACAACAGCGUCCUGAUGAUCUGGAUGCUGCGAUCGGAUCUCACCUACACGCUCAUGCUGCCACAGCUGGUCUGCGUCCUCUUCUUCGCCGUCUCCAACGGAUACGGCGCGGUCCUGGGCUGUGUCACGGGGAUGCUGCUGAGGGUUCUGUGCGGAGAGCCACUCCUGGGCAUACCGCCCUUAAUCCGAUUCCCAGGUUGCACUCUAGUAAACGGAGUCUACGUGCAGCUUUGGCCCAUCCGAACCAUCUGCAUGCUGUCUGCGGUGGCAGCCAUCUUGGCCUUCUCUUUCCUGGCUUCCAUGCUCUUCCGCAAAGGGCUCAUUCCUGAGAAAUGGGACGUUUUCCAAGUGAAAAGUCAAGACUCGGAAGAAACACAAGAUGUUGCCAAAUACGAGAUUAAAGACGAGGACUUGAAAGAACAAAACGAAACCAACGAGGUUUGUGAGCCCAUGUUGGAAUCGGCUUUUUAAGGAAAGAAUACAACUGCAGAAUAGUAUAGGAAUAAAUGUAUGCAAGUUUAUUAUAGCUUCAUUUGUACAUGUAUGUAUGCUGACAUGCAUACAUUGGAAGGAAUACCGGCUCUCUGUUUUAAGAGCUUAGCAUUUUCUCUGCAAUUUUAUGCAGCAGUGACACUUCCAGGCAUGAUGGACAAACUAUGUCCUGCAGAUGUGGUGUUCAUGCACAAGCGCCAAAAAGACAUGAAUGUUUUCACAAUCAAUACGAUUGUCAGAGAAUUAGCAGUAGAGGUGAUGGAAAUCUCACUUUCUUUUUUUACUUUAGUUUUUUUAGCUUGUAGACCGUGUGAGAAGGGCUCACUUUUUGUUGUAGACAACAGAAAAUCUUGGGAUCCCCACUUUCCACGAGCACUUAGUGUGUAAAUCUGCCUGCCUAUGCAAACCUACAGUAUGUGUGAAUGACUUGUCAUUAAACCCUUCAUUAGCC